UCUCACUCCCUUCCGACUUUGCGUAGCCUAUUAUCGAGCUUGUGCAGCAGGACUCCAUCACUUUCAUCCCGACUUGAAUUUCGUCACCGAGGGUUGAUAGACAAUUUCCCCAGGUUUUUCCUACCAUCGAAACUUUGAGCUGUUCAGAGGGAGAUCAUAUUACAGACAGCGAGAGGAGUUUGCAUUCGAGCCUUUCAUGGUUGCUUGAAGCCGAGGAGUGUCACAAGUUUUGAACGAGUAACUGGGAACAUCAGAAUGGCUCAGGCUACCACUUUUACCUCCCCGGAUUUCGUGCAGCAGCCGGAGGAUACCCCCAUGAGCACAUCCGAGCAACCUCAAGUCUCCGAAGAGAGGAAGUCGAUGUUUGGAAAGCUCAAGGACAAGACGAAGACGAAGAAGAACAAGUUGAAGAACAAACUGAAGCCUGGGUCAGGAGGCGACGUGGUGGAUGAUAGCAGCAGUAGCAGCAGUAGCGAUGAUGAAGCUGACGCUCCAACUAACAAUGCGUUCUCUGGAAUGACUCAACCUGAAUACGAACGGAAGUUGGACGCUGGGCAAGUGCCAGCUACAAUAAAUGAUGAUGACAGCCUAUUCGGAAGGUCGUCUGAUAAAAGCGGGGGGCUUGAAGCUGAAGAUUUUAACCAGAGAACUCCUGCAGAGUUUCCGAAGUCACAUGGGCAAGACGACUCAGCCCUUUCGGAGCAGUUCCAGGGGCUGUCUACGAGCGACAAGCCCUCAUCUCAAAUGAAUGUCCAGUCAGACUCCACAUUGCCAAGUGAAAAGUUCGGCGAAGACAGUUCCCUGGACGGAGGAUUGGGAAGCAAAAUUGAUAGGGAUUCCUUCUCGGAGGAGAAGCCAAGCGAGGGAAGGGCGACCGAUGACAUUCUGAGCAAAGCUGGCGAUCCCUCAGCUAACGAUCUGACAACCGAGCAUCAAAAGCCCGAUCCCGAGGGUCUUCUGAGAGGAGAGAAAUCCGCCGAGCCUGCCAAGUCGUGGGGUCAGUGGGUAGGCGAGAAAGUAGGUCUUGCUAAGGACACGGUAGCCGCCAAGUCACCAUCCACCACUACCACGUCAUCGUCCACGGAUGAGAAGCCCAUUACGGAGAAGGCAUAUGAGACGGUGUUGGGAGCCAAGGACGCUGUGGUGGGCAAGACGAACGAAGCGGCCGACACUACCAUGGACUCGAUCCAUCAAAACAAAGAAGCUGCUGCCACUACCGACCCCGCCAAGCAAACUUACACCCAAAAGUUCACGGGAGCGAUCUACGGAGCCAAAGACUCUCUCCUGUCCUCCACGCACCCCGGCGACGACGACAAGGCUCUCUCGCAAAAAGUGACAGAGACGGUGAGUAAUCUUCCGGGAACUAUCAAAUCCAGUCUGGGAUUCGGAGCAAGUAAAGCUUCUACCGGUGGUGCCUCGUCGCCUACUACCACCCCAGCUUUGGGUACAUCCUCGGACGUCCCGAGUGCCGCAGUCACAGACGAGUCGACUGGAGCUCCCGCACAGAGUCCCGGAAUUGUUAGCAGAAUUACCGACUCUGUUUCUUCUCUGUGGGGUAAGAAGCAGCCCACGGAUACUCCGACCACCACACCUGCAGCUAGUCUUGACAGUGCGCCCUCUUCAGGACUGCCAACAUCUGAAACGGCGCCAACAACUGAAUUUGACUCCAGAGCAUCAUAGAUGGUUUUCGGAUAUAAUGACUGAGACUAUCUUCUUCACUUCAUAGCGAGAAUAAUACGGAUAUUAUCGCGCGGACGGAGCAUGCUGACAGACGAAGCUGUUUCUUGCCUGUGAAACUGUGGGAAUAUGGAAGAUAUGUUUUAAUGUGUAGUUUAGUGGGCAGGGAAGUGUGCAAAUUUAUUAGUUUACAUAUCUGUUAGUCCUAUCUUGGGCGAGAUAUUCCAAUGUUGGCCGCGAGAGAAAGAGAUAUUUGUACUGAUGAGAAGUUCUCAAUGUAUAGGGAUUUUUGUAAUUAUAUAUAAAACUUUUAUUUAAUCGAGAGAAUAUGGUACUUCGAUCUU